AUGUCAGUGGCAACGAAGCCUUCGCCUCCACCUGGGCCACAACCCGGAAUACAGCAUGUCAAUUCAUCUUCACCCACGAGUGACUCUUUCAAGUGUUGGGUGAAAUGCCUGCUUGAUUUUGCAUCUAAACCCGAGCUGCAAAUAGCUUCCAAUUUUAUACGUGAAUUUGAACACCAACAAGACCAGAUCAAGAAACUAAGCGAUCAAGAUAAAGAUCAUACCAUCGCUAUGAAGAUGAUGGCCUCGACAAUCGAGAAAGACCAGACGAAGCAAAAGGAAGUGCAGGCGAAAGUUGAGUCCUUGCGCCAGAUCAUUGCCGAUCAAGAAACUACGAUUUCGAAAUACUUACAGAGCAUCAAAACACUUGAAACUGAUGCCAAAAAUUCGAAAUCAGACAAAAUUCAGGACGCGGCGAAACUCGAGAGAUUGUCUGAUGAUAUCACAUCUUUGCAAAAGAGCCUGAAAGAAAAAGAUGCCAUCAUCAAUAAGAUGAAGGCGUCCGAGUCAAACUUCAACGAUCGCUUGGCUAUCGAGAAAAAGAAGGUUGGGAAGCUGCAAGAGCAGUGUACGUCAAUGACGCGUAUCAUGGAAGACUCGCAAGCCAAAUUAAAAACACUGGAGAGUUUCCGAGGGUCUUAUCGGGAAGUGGCCGAAGACACCAUGAUCGAUCAAUUUUCCAAUCUUUGGGAUUUUGCUACAGAGGAGAUGUCCAAGAUUUUGCAAAAAGAGACAUUGAAGGAUAAUAGCACCUGGGAGAAAUUCCGAAAGGACAGCGUAUCGAUUAUGCCACACAACGUCCCUCUCCCCGCCUCCACCAGUAUAGCGGCCAAAGGAAUGCGCCUUGCUGUGACUCUAGGCCACUUAUCAAGAGAAAUUAAUAAGCACAUAUUCCAGCCCAACUACCUCGACCUUGAUGACAAUAAGCUGCGAACAGCCUUGAUCGAGCUGGCCAAAAUAGACGGCGAGAAAGAAUCAUUCUGUCGGAGUAUGCUUCUUUCAAUUGACGAGACGGGGCAAGAGAAAUCUCGGCAAUCUAGGAUCCUAAAUGUUUCACGAAAUGUAACCCAUAACCUGUUUAAAUCGCUCUCCGAUGAUAAACAAGAAGAAGCUCGGCAAAUCAUAUCGAAAAUUGCGGAACGGGCGACCCAAGUCUGGAUCCCACUCCAACAUGCUCAUUUGAAGUACGAGCCGGACUUCGAACCCUUGGUUUGGGAUGAUCCUGAGUGGAGCUCGUUCAAGUUCCCAGGAGGAGAUAGCGCUCACGCGGAGAAAAAGACCCCCUUGACGGCAGGAAACUUUUUUACGAUUUUCCCGCGCAUCUCCCAGAUAGAAAAUGAGAAGCGCCAUCCUUUCACUUAUGUUACUCAGAUCAGAACAUCGCAUCCCUUGUGGAGCUUGGCAGAGGAAGAGAUGAUUCGAAGUCCAAGUAGUCCCACUCACGGUCGAAUGCCGUCUUCUGGCGCGAGACGGCCAUCUAUCUCUGGGACCAGCACUAUGCGUCAUAAUGGGAAGAAUUCUCCUAAUGGGAACCACACCACGUCGAACGGAAGACCUUGA